UUGAGGGUAGAAAGCUGCCGUCCGAGGAUCCGCGCGGGCGACCUAGCUGCGGGUGAGUGGUUGUGUGCGUUAGCGUUUACCGAUGAAGUCGAUCAUUUGAUCAAGCUGUUCCUCCUCGUCGUAGAGGUACAAGGACUCCAUGCAGCCCUUGAAGUAGGGCGACGUGAAGCAUUUGGACCUGAGAACGAACUGGCGCGUUACUCACUGACAGACACUUGA